CGUGUAAACUACGUUUCCCUUCUACAUUGCACUCGGCCACUGUUGAUGACGCCACAACUAAGCCUGCUGCUGGCUUUGUAUAGGAGACUGAGAGGUCACCGGUCAGUGCCUUCUGCUUCGCCCAUAGCAAAUUUGCGGUCAUCAGGAUGGAGAACGCCAACAUGACUAAAACAAUAUUCGGUCUCACCCUGGAGAUUAUCUACCUGCUGACUGGAGAGGAUCUCAUAGUCGUUAAGAAAUCCGGUGAACCGGUUGCUUACAGGACCAGUCCCAGCGUAUCAGAAGGAACCAGGGAGAGUCGAGGCAGCAGUACGGUGACUGUGUGUGACUCGGUGGUGCCUGAAGACAGCGACAGGAAGAUUCUGAAGCUUAGCAAUAAAAUCAUUCACCUUCUGACUGGAGAGGUGUGGAAGUUUGUACGACACAAAGAUUGUACCAAAGAUGUGACAAUCAAGAAUGAGCUACAAGUUGGAUCCUCUAACAGGAAUACACCGGAGAGCGGUCCCAGUCCUCGUUAUUCCCUGGAUUCUGCAGAGGAAGAUCAGAGUACCUUAGAGAAUUGCCAGGCUGAAACUUUGGGGGAUGUAAAAGUGAUUGUUGUACCAACGCGGAAGGAUGAAGCCGACUUAUAUGUCAACAUUAAGGAGGAGGAAAUACCUGUAGAUAUCAGCACAGAUUAUGAAGAAAAUGGUCCAAAUGUAAAUGAGAGUCCAGAGCCAAUGUCUGGUCCCUCUGAUCAAACAGCCUUCUGCGACCAGGCCGCCGAUGCUCAGGGUGCGGCAGAGGGGAAGACGCACGUGUGCUCCAUGUGCGGGAAAUGCUUCGGUUACAGCGCCAACCUUGACAUCACUCGGCAGACGUACAGAGAUGAGAACAUACAUUUGUGCUCCCACUGUGAGAGAUACUUUGUGCCUAAGCCCCAGCUCGCCGCACAGCAGGGAGCGCACAGCGACAAGCCGUUCUCCUGCUCCAAAUGUGCCAAGUGCUUCGCCAGCAGAACUGUCUUCAUGGCGCACCAGCGCAUCCACACGGGGAAGAAGUCCUUCCCCUGCUCCCAGUGUGGGAUGUCUUUCUCCAAUAAGUCCAUCCUUGAAACGCACCAGAGCAUCCACACGGGGGACAGACCUUUUCCCUGCUCCGAGUGCGGAAAGUGCUUCGCCAUGAAGGCAAACCUCGUUAAGCACAUGAAAAUCCACAAAGGCGAGAAGCCGUUCUCCUGCCUCCAGUGCGGCAAAAGUUUCGGGAUGAAGUCAAACCUGGUCAAACAUCAAAAGAUACACACAGGGGAAAAACCGUUCUCCUGCGCCGACUGCGGGAAGUGUUUCGGCAUGAAGUCGAAUCUGGUCAAGCAUCAGCGGAUACACACGGGGGAGAAGCCCUUUGCGUGCCUCGAAUGUGGGAGGUGCUUUGCCAGCCGGUCCAACCUCGCUUCACACGAGAGAAUCCAUACGGGGGAGAAACCCUUUUCCUGUUCCUACUGCAAAAAAGGGUUUAUCACCAGCUCUGACCUGUUUCGGCACCAAAAGACUCACACCGGAGACAAGCCGUUCAUCUGCUUGGAGUGUGGCAAGGGCUUCAUCAGUAAAUCCGUUCUUGCUGCACAUCUAAAGGCACACGCAGGAGCUACUGCACUCUAACUGGCCAAACAUGGGACGUGUCCUUAGCAGGUUCCUUAUCCAGGGUAUGGGUGCAUUGCUGUUGCCCCAUGCAAGGGUCUUCCUACAUGUGGACCAUUGUGGGCUCUUAUCUGAAGGCGAGAUGACAAGUCAUAAUGCUUCAGCAGCUGUGACCUCCGGUAUAAGCGUGUUCUGCUGCAUAACCGGUCAAAUGAGCCAAUCAAUGGGUCUGUGACUUUUUAAAUGAGCCAAUCAACUUACAUUCUUUGGCCCUCAUUCCGAGUUGUUCGCUCGCUAGCUGCUUUUAGCAGCAGUGCAAACGCUAUGCCGCCGCCCUCUGGGAGUGUAUCUUAGCUUGGCAGAAGUGCGAAAGAAAGGAUCGCACAGCGGCUACAAAAUAAUGUUGUGUAGCUUCAGAGUAGCUCCAGACCUACUUCUAGCUUGCGAUCACUGCAGACUAUUUAGUUCCUGUUUCGACGUCACGAACACGUCCUGCAUUCGGCCAGCCAUGCCUACGUUUCACCAGUCACGCCUGCGUUUUUAUCUGGCACGCCUGCGUUUUUCCGCUCACUCCCUGAAAACGGUCAGUUGACACCCAGAAACACCCACUUUAUGUCAAUCGCUCUGCGGCCAGCAGUGCGACUGAAAAGCUUCGCUAGACCUUGUGUGAAACUACAUCGUUCGUUGUUAGAGUACGACGCACAUGCGCAUUGCGCCGCAUACGCAUGCGCAGAACUGCCUUUUUUUUUCUAAAUGCUGCGCUGCGAACGAAAGCAGCUAGCGAUCAACUCUGAAUGACCACCAAUAAACAGAGAAGGAUCCUUUCAGUGCUCGCCUGCCUGUAUAAUAAAGUAAUUGCCCUCUGCCCCGCUUGUCAGGCGUCUCCAGAUGUAAGGCAUAGCCAUAGGGGGUAGAUUUAAUAAAACUUCUAAAAAUUAAAAGUGGAGAUGUUGCCUAUAGCAACCAAUCCGAUUCUAGCUCUCAUUUCUCUUUUGCAGUCUAUCUAGAAAAUUAUAGACAGAAUCUGAUUGGUUCCUAUGGGCCAACACCAACACUUUUUUGUACGUUUUAGUCAGUCGACCCCAUAUAAUCUAUUGCCACGAAGCAAAACCAUGCAGUGAUGUUACAUGUGACGUCUGUGUUGCAUUUAGACCUGGCACAGAAGAAAAUUCCAGUCAUUAUCAGUAUUUGUGCAUCACCCCCAGCCAUCGGCCCACCUCCUUCAUUUCCUUGCAUAGAAAAGUUGAAUCUGGUAGCAAAACAAAAUAUAGAGCACCACUCUUUGCAUCCGACUGACAGUGUUCCCAUAAUUGUUUAUAAUGAGCUGAACGCAAUGCAUUGCUGUACAUCCAGAGAGUAACGAUGUUAGUUUGAAGCAUCUAAUGGGGAAGAUUUUGGUAUGUGCUGGAUGAGCAAGUUGAGAAGUGAAAAAUAUCCUCCUAUAUUCACCAUUGGAAUCUGAUGAAAUCAUGUAUUCUGCUUGAUGAAACGUGCCUCCAUAUCAGUAUUAGUUUGGAGCUUAUUUAAUAACUGCCAGUUACAUUUUUCCUUAGUUGUGAUUGGAUACGCUGGAGCUCUGAAGGCGGGUGUGGACCAAGCAGUAGAACUGUUGGGUUAAGUGAUAAGUGUAAUAAAUGCCAAGUGUAUUCCCUUGAGAUCGCUUACAGUAUAUCCAUCAACACAUACUGUAGGGGUUGAUUCCACUAGGCUUGCUCCAUGAAUAAAUGGGCACAUAUGCAGCACUUACAGGAGCCCCAGACUCACUGAUUUUAGGGCUGCGUACAAAAAUCUGCGGGGUGAGAUGAGGCGUCAUACCGGCCUUUCCACAUUGUUGCAUCAGUACUUCCUCUUACGUCCUAGAAGAUGCUGGGGUCCAUAUUAUUACCAUGGGGUAUAGACUGGUCCACCAGGAGCCAUUGGCACUUAAGAGUUUAAUAGUGUGGGCUGGCUCCUCCCUCUAGGCCCCUCCUACCAGACUCAGUUUAGAAAAUGUGCCCGGAGGAGCUGGUCACAGCUAGGGGAGCUCUACAGAGCUUCUCUAGUAAAAGUUUUUUUUUUAGAGUUUGUUACUUUAUUUUACAGGGAGGCUGCUGGCAACAGCCUCCCUGCUUCGAGGGACUGCGGGGGAGAGCAGUGUUCGCCCUGCAGGGUCUUGAGCCACUGCCUCCGCUGACUGGACAUUGAGCUCCAAAGAAGACAGAUCGCGCCCCGCCACAGGGGAACGCUCACCCCGGCAGCCAGCCGCCACCCCCUCACAGAGUAAGACACUGUUCCCCCUUACGAGCGGGGGGGGUCAGUGUGAAAAGGGCGGCUUAAAGGUGGGAGCGCGGUAUUAACCGCGCUCCUGGACGGCUCUGCGGUGCGGCGCUGUGAGGGGCGCCCUGAGCCAGCACAGAACCCUGCACUGCCCAUUUCCAGCCUGUUGGGGUCCGCUGAUCUCAGCCAGCACAAAUUUCCUCAGGGCAGUAUAGUCUUCAAGAGCGGGAAGACAGCGCCAUUGAACGGGCGGAGCUUCUCCUCAGAGCGGACCCAGCAGCGUUCAGCACCAUAUUUCCUGCCUGCAAUCACUGCCAGUGGAUGUCCAGGUCCCUCCAGAGCAACUCCAGCUAUCUGUACGGUA